AUGGCGUCGAGUUCGGACGAAGGCGAGAUCGCUGAAUCUGGGAAUAUGAAGGCAUCUUCACUGUCGCAUACUGGAGAAAAAAACGGUGUUGACCCUAAAGACAGACCACGGAGUAACUCUCCUGAUUUCGACAGUGCCUCCAGGUACAGCGCCUCCUCACGCCGCAGUCGCUCCCCGCGAGGCAACAAGCGACCGCGCGAUGAUCGAGACCACUACGGUGGAGGGCGCGAUUUCGGCUCCCGACACUCACGUUCGCAUUAUGAUGAUCGCCGAAGGGAUGGCUACCACAGGUCGCGUCCUUCGUACGAAGAUCUUGACCGUCCAUCGUCUCACUCCUCACAUUACAGCUACGAUCCACGAAACCGAGAUGGCGAACGCGCUCGAGAUCGCAGCCGUGACCGGGAUCGGCAGUAUGAUAGUCGAAGCCGCCAACAAUACUCGGACAAAAGACCUCGUAACCGAAGCCGGUCCCCACGUCGAUCCAGGAAUGAGGGAGGCAAGGGACGCCUUGAUCGCUUCGUGCGAGGGAGUAACGACCAUGCGGAGGGGCUGAAAUAUGAGGAUGAUCGGGGUUUGGAAAUAAGAGGGUCCUCAAAAUCGAGGACUACAGUAGGAGGGAAUCCACGUUACGGGAAAGAUGAUGCUAAACACACCAGAGGCCCGGCUCAAGAAAGCAAUGCUAGCACGAACGGACCGAUAGCUACAACAUCUAACACGGAUUCCCCAAACCCCCCUGAGCCUGAGGAGGAAGUUGAAGAACCCGAGCCUAUCGACGAAGAGCUUGAGAUAGAGCGUCGCAGAAAGAGACGCGAAGAGAUCUUGGCGAAAUCGAGCUCUGCGACUCCUCUUCUCCUUCACGCAGUUGGCGCAAGCGAUAAAGCUCACCUAACAUCGCCAGCAACCUCUCAGGCCAUCAGCCCUCUCAGAACACAAUUCGAGCCUGAUUCACCUCGGACUCCACGGACUUUGCGCUCUGAAUCUCCACGAUCCCCUGACACCCCCAAUGAGCUAUCGCCAGGAGCCAUCGACCUACUAAACGAUAAAAAAUUUGUGGACUUGGGUGCCAAUAAGGGAGCUGAUGAAGAAGAAGGACCUUCUGCCGCAGAUUAUGAUCCGACCGCCGAUAUGAAAGAGGACGAGCGUCGAGAUGAGCUGCGGCAUGGUCAAGUAGUUGUCCACGGCGAAUCGCACAUGGUAGGGACGAGGGAGAAACCAGAGGCAGCACCCCAUAAGGAAGCUCCCAAUCCAUCUUCUGAGGAUCCAGACGAUGAUCUUGACAUGUUUGCCGAAGAUUUUGACGAAGAGAAAUAUACCACUCAGCCGACACAAACUACCUCAGCAGUGGACUCGAUGGAUAUUGAUCCUAACGCUCAAGCUAAUGGAGGCAUCCUUGAAGGGGAUGACAAGGACGGGUAUUACAAACAUCGCGUCGGCGAAGUCCUCGGCGGGCGUUAUCAGGUUCAACAUGCCCUCGGUAAGGGCAUGUUUUCGGGUGUUGUCCGCGCGAUGGAUGUCGAGACCAAGAAACUGGUUGCCAUCAAAAUCAUGCGAAACAACGAUGCUUUAAAGAAAGGCGGCUUCACAGAAAUUGCCAUUCUCGAGAAGCUCAACGAAUCUGACCCUGACGAUCGCAGACAUGUGGUGAAGUUUGAGCGAUCAUUCGAAUUCCGUGGCCAUCUGUGCAUGGUGUUUGAACAUCUAGGCUACAACCUGCGGGAAAUCUUGAAAAAGUACGGCUUGAAUGUCGGCAUCACGCUGAAGGCUACGAAAGCAUAUGCCUACCAGAUAUUCGUGGCUCUUGCCCACAUGCGCAAAUGCAACAUUAUCCAUGCCGAUCUUAAACCCGACAACAUUUUGGUCAACGAAAACCACACGGUCCUCAAGAUCUGUGAUCUUGGUACAGCCAUCGACCGGUCUGAUGCUGCAACUGCUCAGACAACGAUUACCCCUUACCUAGUCAGCCGCUUCUACCGGGCCCCAGAAGUCAUCCUUGGAAUUCCCUACGACUACGGUGUAGACGUGUGGUCUAUUGGUUGCACAUUGUUUGAACUGUACACUGGGAAGAUCCUCUUCACAGGGGAUAGCAAUAAUCAAAUGCUCAAGGCCAUUAUGGAAGUUCGGGGUCGGAUUACGCCAAAGCUCUACAAACGUGGACAGCUCUCUCCUCAACAUUUCGAUGAGAAAGGACAAUUCGUCUCAAUAGAGCGAGAUAAGAUUCUUGGUAAAACUACUGCCCGAACCUUGCAGAUAAUCAAGCCGACGCGUGAUAUACGCACACGCCUCGCUGCCGUAUCAAGCGGCUUGAGCGAAGCAGAGACUCGUGACCUGAACAAUUUCAUAGAUCUUCUAGACCACUGCCUCGCGCUCAACCCCGAGAAGCGAAUCAAGCCACUGGAUGCGCUGAAACACCCUUUCUUUUCAGCCGCUAAGAGCUCGCACUCCCACUCUCACUCGGCUCGUCGUUGA